AUGUGGUUUUCGCUUACCUCGCUUAGUUCUCUUUUUGGCAACUCGCGUGGCUUUUUCGAGUGCCGCCCGUGCUCGACGCCGCAACCCAACGCUGCAAACACCAAUGCACCAGCACUGCCACGACCUCGCCCUUCACCUGCUGAAAUUUCCCAUCGCUUUCAAAUACCUCCGGUUGUGUCCUGCUGCCCUCACAUGAUGAUUCCUACUAGCACUCAGCCUGCCCCUGCCAGUACUGUCGACAUGGGCACAUUUUUUACUGUGUCACGUGACACAGAGCCAGCCGCCUCGAGUGCUUCCCCAGCACCUUCAGCAGCAUCUUUUGCUGUGGCCUGUGGUGACUCCAAUGUUGCACUCCCCAUCGUGCCAGGCCAUGUUGCCAGCUUUCUCGAGCCGACCCCUGCUGUUGACUGGAAUGCCAGGGUUCUGCAGGGUCUGGACACAAGUUAUGCUGCCCGACUGCAGCGACGUGCUCAAUGCCAUGUAGUUAUUCCACCUGUUGCGACACCCACCCCGCCUGUUGCUGCAUCCACUGCUCCAUCAGUACCCUCAGGUACGACUGACUGGGCAGCUGAACUCCAUCUCCGCUUUUCAGAGAGUCACUCGAGGUGUCUUGAAUGGAGACAGCUCACUGACCCAUACAGCAAGAUCUUCACUCGGCGAGAGGGUCUCCAUGCAGCACAGCAGCGAGUUCAUGACCUUCGACAAGAAAAUGCAAAGAUGGCCAAGAGAAUGAUCAGGGCAGAUGAGGAAUUUGAGCAUGCCCGCAAGCGCAAUGACAUGGACUGGGAUGUUAGUUGUGCAUGCUUGGAUGAGGCAAUUGAACAUAGAAAGCAGCGCAAGGUUGCAGAUGCUUGGCGUGAACACAUCUUUGAGGAGAGGAAGGGGAAAACUUGGGAGGAGCGGCAUCAUUUGGACCAGGUACUCAAGGAGGGUCCUCCCCCUGGCUGGAAGCCUUCUUGA